AUGACACAACUUAAGUUCGUCACUCUCGACGUCUUCACCACCAAACCCUUCAGCGGCAACCAACUCGCCGUAGUCUUCCUACCCGAAGAGCCAACCCAGCAACUCACCCAACGCCAAAAGCACAUCAUAACUCUCGAAUUCAAUCUCUCCGAAACCAUCUUCGUCCACCCAGUCACCGACCCCACUAAGCGCACCAUCGACAUCUUCACCCUUGAAUGCGAAAUCCCCUUCGCCGGCCAUCCCACCAUCGGCGCCGCAAACUGGUUCCUCUGCCAAUCCGGCGCAGACGCAAAUGCAACCGCCAACGCAGGCCAAGUCACCAGCCUCAUCACCAAAUCCGGUGAAAUCCCAAUUACCAUUCAAGACGCGCAAAGCGGGACUGUCGCUGCUAAGAUUGCGCAUAACACGCGCAUUCAUGCACAGCGCUUCCCUCUAUCGGAUCUGUUGUACCUGCAUCCAACAUUGAAGCCGUACUUUUCGGCUACUGGUACCGAGGAAACUAGUUUCCCUCUCUUCUCUAUCGUUAAUGGCAUGAGUCAGACCUUCAUCGAGCUGCCCACCCUUGAAGCUCUAGCCGCCGUCCCCCGCGCCACGGGCGGGGAUCUGGUCUCGGUUUUGCAGUAUCUCGAUGCUGGCUGGCAAUCUGGACUUAUCUGCGUGUACUUCUUUGUGCGGGACGUAGAUGACGAUGUCACGGGCAAAAAAGUGAUUCGCACGCGGAUGAUGCUGGGUGCAUUGGAAGAUCCGGCGACGGGGAGCUCGGCGAGUGGACUUGCGUCUUAUUUGGCGUUGACGGAGGGGAAGGCGGGAGAGGCGUAUCGGUAUCAUUUUGUGCAAGGGGUUGAGAUGGACCGGAGGAGUGAUAUUGGGGUUAAUGUUGUGUUGGAUGGGGAGGGGGCGAUUGGGGAGGUGGAAUUGACGGGGUCGGCUGUGAGGGUUUCGGAGGGAGUGAUUGCUGUGCCGGAGGUUUAG